UUGAGGUUACAUGCAGGAGCUGAGCUACCAGAGAAGAGACGGUUCCUUCAGUGCCUUUGGAGACAGCGACCCCUCUGGCAGCACCUGGUUGACAGCCUUUGUGAUACGCUGUUUCAUGCAAGCAAAGUUGUUCAUCGUUAUCGACCAAAACGUCGUGCGAGUGUCGGGGAAUUGGUUAUCGUUUCAACAGGCGGCCGACGGGAGCUUCCUGGAGCCCGGCCGGGUCAUUCAUACAGAGUUGCAGGGAGGCCUGGGUGGUUCCACCGCCCUCACGGCCUACGUCCUCAUCGCCCUGCUGGAAGUCAAUGAAACAUCGAACACGUACCACACACAGGCUUCUGCGGCGCUGAUGUUCCUGGAAGAACGUCUGUCUGAAUCGUCAAUCUCCAGCACCUACGUCCUGAGCCUGGUGGCCUACGCCCUGUCUCUGGCCCAGAGCCCUAACGCCCACAUGGCGGUGAACGAGCUUAUUGGGCGGGCCUCGAUCACAGACGGCGUCCCCUUGUGGUCACCACUGUCACCCAGGGAGCCUCGCUCUGCAGACAUCGAGAUGGUCUCCUACCUGCUGCUCUCCCUCUACAGACUGGAGCGGAUCUCAGAGGGCGUGGCCAUCAUGAAGUGGCUGAGUCAGCAGAGGAACUCCUUUGGAGGAUACGGAAGCACUCAGGACACAGUGGUGGCGCUGCAGGCCCUGUCCACGUUUGCGUCACAUGGUGGCGCAAUCACCAACAACCUCAACCUUGAAGUUCUCAGAGAAGAUGGGGAGAGAGUGGCGGUGUUCUUCAUCCACCAGGACAACUACCUGCUGCUGCAGAGUGACCAGCUCGACCCAGAGCCCCCGCAGCAGUACACGGUGACGGCCAGUGGACAGGGACUGGCUGUCUUUCAGCUCAACGUAUUUUACAACAUUAAAAGCGAAGAGCUGAUGCGCAGGAAGCGCGAGGCGCAGGACGACGAGGCGUUUAACCUGCACGUGGAGCUGCACGACCUGGAGAAGGAGGAUUCGCCGCAGCUGUUCAUCUGCACCAGCCUGUCGGAGUCUUCUGGUCUGAACUCCACUGGCAUGGCCAUCCUGGACAUCGGUCUGCUGAGCGGUCUCAGUCUGGCACAAGAUGGAAUCCAGACGAACGAAGUGGUGAAGAAGGUGGAAACGGAGCCGGGGAAAGUCAUCGUCUACCUGGAUUAUGUGACCACAGCUGACCUGUGUCUGACCGUCCCACUGGUGCCUGACCACAGAGUGGCCAAAGUCCAGGGGGCCGUGGUAUCUGUCUAUGACUAUUAUGAACCAGCUCGGAGGACGGUGAGGGUGUACACGUCAGAGUGGCGGACCUCAUCAUCAGUCUGCUCCUUCUGUGGCGAAGACUGCCAGCAGUGCAGCACCGAGUACGACGACGACGACGACCACUACGAUUUCCCGUCUUCGCGUGGCAGCAGGUUAUUGUCUGCUGUGCCGCUCGUCACCCUCCUGGUGGUCAUCCUGGGCCUGUGAACAAUCCACCUGAGAAAAGUCUGACUGGUGAACUGUACAGUGUGUGGCCUUUUAUUAGACACAUUUUUAAAUUUCUGUUGAGUCUUUUGUUCUGUGUCUCACAGGAUAAUAAUAAACUCUGUACUAUAUUACUGUUGUACUCUGUAUUUGUGGAGAACCUCAGUAUCUGUCAGCGUGUCAUUUGUUAAUAAAUGACAAAAGUUCUCAACUCACAUUUCUCUGAUCCGAACCGUGAUUUCCAGCACCGAGACAGGUCACUCACGAGCUAACGGUAGCUCACGAGCUAACGGUAGCUAAGUAGUAUCUUGUCAACGGGCUAAUGAAUCAUACAUCAGUUUGAACACUUAAUUGGUCGCCUGGCAAGUCAUCUUAAAUUUUUAUCCAAUCAAAAUGGACUGUGGUCCCGCCCCCUUCCAACACGAUGAUGAUUUACCAUAAUACGCAUGUGCGCCACACAAAAAUGCAGUGAAGACAAGAACACGGAACAAUCAUUUCAGGAACAUUGUUGUCAAUAACACAGAAAUAACCAGACAACAGGCUACAAGAUUAUUGAUAUUUUAUCUGUAUGUUUUGUCUGU